CAACGCUGUGCAGCAGAGAUUCUUCCUUAUGUUUGUUGUUUGUUUUUCUAGUAGGUCGACUUUUAUAAACUGUGCUUUUAUUUUAUAUACAAUAUACAACUUGCUAGAUAGUAAACAAAUUUUUUAAUUUUACUUGUUUGAAAAUGUGUCAGAUAACAAAAGGUUAGUUGUUUUAGUCUUGAUGUAUCUCUGGCAACUGCACCUCUCUUCUCUUUUAGAUGUUAGUAAAGUCUGGGACAGGAUUUUCAAACAAAGUGGUUUUAUAAAUGGGGAAAUAAAUUUUACUUUAAAAGAAUUUGAGACUAAAAGAAGCGACAGUGAAGUAGAUAACUUAUUCAAGUCAAUAGAAAAUAUUACAGAUAUUAAAGAUACACAAAUAAAUUCAUUAAGCGAAAUUGUUAAUGAGAAAGUUGUAGAUACUAAUCAAUAUUUAAAUGAAGCUUUAAAACUAUGUAGGGAAUUUGGAGAUUUGGAAAAAACAUUUUUACAGCAAACUGUCAGUGGAGGGAACAAUGAUAGAAGAAAGGACCUUUGGGAAAAAAUAAUGGAUGAAAUAACCUCAGAGUUUUCUAAAGUUAAUUCUGAUUUUGAAAGAAAAGAAAUUGAAGCAGUGCAAUAUUACAAAGAAUUGGGGAAGAAAUUAAAAUAAAUUUGUGGAUUGUAAUGAUAAUAAUUUAUUCAUCAAAUAAACUCGAGUUUAAAUAA